CAGGAAAUCCCCUCUGGUCUCCCCGUCCCCCAUUCCACCCGCCGCCGCCGACGCGCCGCGCCUGUUCAAGAUGAAUGUGGAGAAGCUCAAGAAGAUGGCGGGUGCUGUGCGCACUGGAGGAAAGGGCAGCAUGCGCAGGAAGAAGAAGGCAGUCCACAAGACCGCAACCACCGAUGACAAGCGGCUUCAGAGCACGUUGAAAAGAAUUGGAGUGAACACUAUUCCUGGUAUUGAGGAGGUCAACAUCUUCAAGGAUGAUAUUGUUAUCCAAUUCCAGAACCCUAAAGUGCAAGCAUCCAUUCCUGCAAAUACAUGGGUAGUCAGUGGAGUACCCCAGACAAAAAGUCUACAAGACCUUCUGCCAACAAUUAUCAACCAACUGGGCCCUGAUAACCUGGAGAACCUCAAGAGGCUUGCUGAGCAUUUCCAGAAGCAGGUACCUGGUGCCGAAGCCAGCGCCAGUGCAGCUGCACAGGAUGAUGACGAUGUCCCUGAGCUUGUCCCAGGAGAGACAUUUGAGGAGGCUGCGGAGGUGAAGGAGGUGCCUGAAGCGGAACCGGAAGAGAAGAAAGAGUCGUAAUUUUGUUGCGUGUCAUAUCCAUUGUUUGUGAAGGGUCGUUAUGUGUUACCAUACACCAUGGGAGAGACCUGGUCAUCUAUGAACCCCCUGAUGUUCCUCAUUCGUUUACAUGUCCUCCAGUUUUUCAGUUUCUUAUUUACCUGGGUUUUGGUCCAAACCUGACAACUCAGCAUUUGGUUUGGCGUCAAUUGUGCUUCAGGUUCC